GCACAUCAGUACCUAUGCAAUACAAGGCAAACACUUUGUAUUUCAGGUAUACAAGAAAUCUUGUGGACAAUGGCAAUGGAAAGUUCAACUUGAUGAUCUUGUGCUGGGGUGAAGGGCAUGGCAGCAGCAUCCAUGACCACACUGACUCACACUGCUUUAUGAAGAUCCUCCAGGGAAAUCUAAAGGAGACACUGUUUGCAUGGCCUGAAAAAAAAGGGAAUGGGGAAAUGACUAAGAAAUCAGAACGAGUUUUGAGGGAAAAUCAGUGUGCCUACAUUAAUGACUCCAUUGGCCUGCACCGUGUGGAGAACACAAGCCACACAGAGUCUGCUGUUAGCCUGCAUUUGUACAGCCCCCCCUUCGACAGCUGUAACACCUUUGAUCAGAGGACUGGACACAAGCACAAAGUCAAGAUGACCUUCUACAGCCAGUUUGGAGAAAGGACUCUCUGCGCAACAGCAGUGCCGCAGGAGAACAACUGA